AUGAGCCCAGUGGAGCAACCUGCCCAGCCCCUAGUUGGAGCUGCUGAACAGGCAGCUCCGAUCCAGACGGCAGCAGGGACCUCGGGAGGACCUAGUUGUGACUUCGGAGAGGUCGACACUAUCCCCCCAGCCCUGGAGCAAAAGGACGUAGACGUGCUGGUAGAAAAGUACGAAAUCCCAGCCCAUUUUGAACCUAGGGCUGCCCACCCAGGAGAGGUCGCCAGCCGACCUCCUCCCGGGUUCGUGGCGAUCUACAGGGACCAGCUAAUGGCUGGCCUUCGCUUGCCUAUCCCUGAUUUCCUUUUCUUUAUCCUCACUUUCUGGGGCAUCCGCAUAACCCAGGUCAUUCCCAAUGGCGUCCGCUCCAUCAUAGGUUUCUUUAUCCUAUGUCGUGCCUUAGAAAUCCCAUUUUCUCACGACCUGUUCCAAGCCUUCUUCCAGAUGAAGGUCAGCGGGAAGGUGCCUGGGUGGUUCUAUUUUGCCCGCAGAAGUGGAGCAAAAACCCCCACCCGUGAACUGUUCACGGGAGCACCUUCCUCAAUUAAAGACUGGAAGCGUUACUUCUUCUUUGUGAAGAACCUGGGCUUCCCCCCCCUGACCUGGAGGGCGGAGUCUCAGGUCUCGGAUCCACUUCCGUCCCCGCUCCCUGUGAACGAGCUCAACCGGCUACUCAGCUCGGAAGAGAAACUGGAGGUGAAAGAGUUCAGCAAUGCCCAGCUUUGGGCGGCGGGGCUGAUCCGAGCUAAUCCCUCAGAUCCCUCGCCUGAAAAUAAAUCUUUAUCGCCGGACGAGCUGACAGCCUUGAAGAGAUUUUCUUCACUUCUGACCAUCGGAGGCGCCAGCACUCCGGGCACCACCCCGCAGCCCUCCGCAGCCAUCCCGGCCAGCUCGGCUCCGGUUCCACCGCUCCAGCCAGCUCCCGCCCAGUCCUCUAAGCCCGUAGAGGCUGAAAAAAAGAAGAAGAAGAAAACGACCGCCAAGAGAGCCAGGGUGGAGACGACCUCGUCCCCAGCUCAGGAAGAGAGGCCGACGCCUGAGCCCGGUCAGGACGUCCACUACGGUGUGAACACCGCCGAGGAGCAAGCCCGGGCCGGAGCUCCUCCUAACCUGUGGCAACACCGGAGCUCUACCCUGCUGUUCGACCCGUAG